AUGAGCAUUAUCUCUUCUCCGGAAACCGGACGUACUUCAGAAUAUGAUCACCCCAACGAACCGAGUCUCAGUACUGUCGGCCACCAGCACAUGAACCUUAACUAUGGCCACUCAAUAGUUAAUGGGCAUGCAGAGCUAGCUCGCCCUAAUGGAAUUUCCAUCGCAAGUACCGGCGCCUCCCUGGUGGAAUACCCUGUCCAUUCUACCGCCGAAGCCGCCAGUUUCUAUGACCCCGACUCUUCCCUGGAAGACUGUCCUGAAGAACCCUCCACCUCUGAUGAUGAUGUCGAUGAUUACGAUAAUGAGGUCGAUGGUGAAUUCGAAUCGGACACCGAGCCUACCAUCGAAGCCACCGGUUUCCCUGAGAGCCCAGCCUCCGGUGGUGAUGUAUGCGAAUUGGAUUGCACUACGUCCACUACCGAAACUAUGGAUUUCUGUGACUUUGACCCUUCUCUAGGGAAAUACGCUGAUCUUACUCCUGAAGACGCCGGUUUCAGUGACUUUGACCUUUCCCCGGGUGACAAUUCUGAGAAACCAGUCCCCGAUGAUGUAAAUAUGUGGAAUGACUUUGAUGAUCUUCCUGAAGCACCUAUCGAUUCCGCGGUGGUUGAACCCUCCCCAGAGAAUAACGUUACAGAGCAAGCUUCUGUAGUUCCCUAUUCUAUGGACAUGGAUCGAUGGGAUGGUCCCGUCGAACAGAAACCGCUUGUUGAUACGGAUAUUCCUAUGGACACUUCUCUAGACAAUAUCUACAACAAUACGUAUCAUGGACAUGGGCUCAGAACCGAGAUUUUUACAGUGCCAGUUAGAUCCUCCGAAGGUCUACCAUAUUCAGAUAACGCGUUCUACUCCGAGGACAACUCCGAUAAUAUUGGCCAGUUUCAUAAUGACACCAACGCGGGAGUCAGCCCUAAAGACCUGAUUCGAAAUUAUUGGUGA